AUGUCAUCCAAAAUCCCCCACUGCUCCUCCGACACCGCAUUAGUAGGAACUUUCAUACCGCCGACGAGACCGCAGUUCAACUCGCACAACACUUCUGACCGACUCCGCGUGGGCUCCGGUACGCUUCCCAGCUUCUCAAUGGUGAAGAAGGACCGCAAGUCCAUGUUCAGAGAGGUCGGAUUGGAGGAUCACGACAGUAGUGUUACCGCACAUCACAACGGCAGGGGCCCCUCGGAACGGGACCUGUUCGGCGAGCCCGCUGCGUUGGCUUCACAAGGCUCGUAUCGAAAGCGCUCCGACACGACAGGGCAUGGGGCGGAAAACAACAUGAGCCCCCACGAAGAUGCGCAGGACGGCGGUGCGAACUCGCCGCGGUCGCGUUCGGGCAAACAGUCGUGGUACUCGAGGCUUGCUGCGGCCAAGCGACCGCGGAUUAAAUCGGUGUCGAGCGCCCCUCCUCCCACCGUCGCGAGCCUGUCGCGCUUCACCAUGAUCGCUCUGUUCAUCGCCGUUAUCCUGCCGGCGUUUAGCUAUCACAGCGGCGGCGGCGGCGAAAAGGUCAGCAUGAGCGGCGCCGACGCCGGUGUCAUCAGGGAUCCCCGGCUUAGACGAGGACCGGUUCUGGACACUCGAGCGAAUUCCCCGACGGAUGUCUGCACCAGAUGGAGUCAUCAGGUACAAUCGGCGACAGCUGCGCAGCUCAAUGGCACUCUGUACAUAUACGGGGGCCAAGCGAAGACGUCUGGAGAUCAGGAACAGAAUACGUGGAAGGCCACAGACAAUAACUUUGUAACACUGGAUCUCACAAAGUCUUGGGAUAUCAGUUCACCGGCCUUGAAGGGCCUGCCGCAGCCUUCGGGCCCGCCCGCGGUAGCUAACGGCUACCUGUGGAACGACUACGAGAACCUCUUCCUCUACGGCGGCGAGUUUGCCGACAACCCCUUUGUCGAGCCGGAGCCCAUGUCCACGUGGAAGUACUCUAUCAAAGACCGGUCCUGGAAGCAGUUUGAGAAACCGCAGACCUCGGCCGGAAAUUUCUCGGACCCUGGAGGCGUUCCAGUGCAGAGAUCGGCCGAGGGAGCCGGGGUGUCGGUCCCCGAACUGGGCCUGAGCUGGUACUUUGGAGGACAUCUGGAUCUGUCUACCACGCAGGGCUGGUCCAACCAGAUCAAACGCGUCUACCUGAAGAGCCUGCUCGAGUUCACGCACCCUGGAUAUGCCAACAACGGCGUGCAGUCGAUCGCAGCCAAGGCGGCUGGCGAGGGCGGUGUGUACCGCAACAUCACUCAGGGUGGCCUGCAGGAGAAUGACGCCGCCUUCUUUGAAAGGGCCGACGGCGUGCUCGUCUUUGUCCCCGGUUGGGGGACGAGUGGAGUUCUCGUCGGUCUGGGCGGUGGUACGGACACCCAAUUUGCCGACGACUUCUCCAGGCUCGAUGUCUACGACAUUGCCAAUUCGACCUGGUACCACCAGGAAACACGGGGCGAGGCCCCCUCGGUUCGGGUCAACCCUUGCGCUGUGGUCGCAUCGGCGCCCGAUGCGUCAAGCUUUCAGAUCUACCUGUUUGGAGGACAAAAUCUGCAACCUUAUAAAGACCAGAUCCAAUACAACGACAUGUACAUCCUCAGCAUCCCGUCCUUCACCUGGGUCCGCGUCGACCAGGGAGGGUCGAACAAGCCCAGCCCGAGGGCGGGCCACACGUGCAACCUCCGCGACGGCCAGAUGGUCGUCGUGGGCGGGUACGUGGGCAAGGACAUCCCCUGCGACCGGCCGGGCAUCUACGUCUUCAACACCAGCUCGCUCGAGUGGCAGGGCCGGUUCACCGCCCUGGCGCACGAGCCCGGCCUGAACGCGGAGAACACGGUGCUGGCCGCCAGCUACGGCUACAAGGUGCCCGACCGGGUGGCCGCCGUCAUCGGGGGCAGCACGGACGGCGGCGCCACGGCGACGACGCCCGCCGCCGGGCCCGCGAGGGACGGGCCGUUUGCGACGGGACACCCGCCCGUGUACACCGUCACGCAGGCCGGCGCCACCGCGACCGUCACGCAGGUAGGCCCGUCUGGAGUCGUAGGCGGCGGCGGCAGCAACGGCAACGGCAACGGCAGCCCGUCCUCUGCUCCUCCCGCGGCAGGGGACGACGGCGGCAGCAACAAGCACGCCGUCAGCCCGGGCCUCGUCGCCGCCGCCGCCGUCGCGGGCCUCGCGGGCCUGCUCGCGGGCUACCUCGGCUUCUGCGCGUGGCUGUACCGCCGGCAGGUGCGCGCCUACAAGACGCACCUGGCCGUCGCGAACCGGUACUCGGGCGCCGUGCGCGCGGGGUCCUCGCGCUCGGCGUUUGGCGGCAUCGCCGCGCUCUUUGGCCGCAAGGGGUCCAAGGAGAGCCGCGGCGGCACCAGGAAGAAGGCUGCUGGGGCGCACAAGCGGACCACGCUGACGGACGACCCGGCCUCGUACGCGGAGAAGCCGGCCCUCUUGGGCAGCGCCGGCGCGGCCGCGGGGUUCUACGGCGCCGGCGCCGGCCACGGCCACGGCAGGGACGACUCGACCUCGACGGCCGACAGCUUCGGCUGGGUGGUGGCGCCCGACGGCGGCCAGCAGCAGCAGCCCAAGGCGGCGUGGAUGAGCGACGAGCCCUCGCCCAUGAGCGGCACGACGGUCGGCGCGGCGACGGCGAGCAGCGCCAGCGGCGGCGGCGGCGGGGGCGGCCUAAGGCGGGGCGACAGCGGCAGCCCCUUUUUCGACGAGGCGGCCGGGCCGCCCGUGCGCCGGCCGCCGCCGUCCGGAAUGUAUGGCGGCGGGACGGGCCACGAUGACGGCUACGGCGGCGGCGGCAGGCGGGGCAGCGACUCUGGCGGCAGCACGACGAGCUCGACCGAGGGCCUGCUCGAGGGGCGGGAGCCGAGCUUCUUUAGCGUCGUGCUGGGGCCGAGGAGGGCGCUGCGGGUGGUGAAUGGGCUGGAGGAGUGA